AUGAUUUAUCUAAAGGGAAGCCUCAUUUGGUUCUUGAUUGGCCUUUUUCGAGAAAUUGAUCUUGUACACGUUCCUGGGUUAUUUAGACUUUUACAAGAAGGUGAAACACUUGAUGAUUUGAGAAAAUUGAAGCCGGAACAGAUUUUAAUCCGAUGGGUUAAUUAUCAUCUUGAAAGGGCUGGAAUUCAACGUCGUCUUGCUAAUUUUACAACCGACAUUUCCGAUUCUGAAAUUUAUACUUAUUUACUUCAUCAAAUUGCUCCUAAAUCUGCGGGUGUUUCAUUAGCUCCAUUACAACAAAAUGAUGAUAUAAGACGUGCAAAUUCAAUGCUUUCCGAGGCAAAUAAAAUAAACUGUAGAGAAUUUGUGACUGCAGAAGAUGUUUGCAAAGGAAAUUAUAAAUUGAAUUUGGCUUUUGUUGCUAAUUUAUUUAAUAAAUACCCGGGAUUGCCUGAACCUGGAGCUGACGAAAUACCUGAAAUUACUGACAUUCAAGAAGAGACACGUGAAGAGAAAACUUAUAGAAAUUGGAUGAACAGUCUUGGUGUUGAUCCUUUUGUUAAUUAUAUUUAUUAUGAUUUACAGAAUGGAUUAGUUAUUUUUCAGUUAUAUGAUGCAAUUCGUCCAGGAAUAGUUAAUUGGAAGGUUGUUGUUCAAAAAUUCCAUAAAAUUCGAGGAAUGAUGGAUCAAAUUCAGAAUUGUAAUUAUGCUGUUGAAUUAGGAAAACAACUUCGAUUUUCGUUGGUUGGAAUUCAAGGAAAGGAUAUUUAUGAUGCUAAUCCGACUUUGACUUUAGGUUUUUUUGUAAAAUGUUUUUUCUAA